AUGACCGUCUACACCAAGGACGAGAAGAAGGGUAUCAUGAUUUGGGUGCCUAGACGAGCCAGGACGAAGCAGACUUACCCGGGUAUGUUAGACAAUACAGUUGGCGGCGGCAUAGCUACAGGCGAACCACCGUUCGAGAGCCUGGUACGUGAAGCCAUGGAGGAAGCCUCGUUGCCCGAAGAUAUUGUUCGACGGGACGCCAAAUCCUGUGGAUGCAUAACGUAUACCUAUGUCCGGGACGAGCGAGCCGGUGGGGAAACGGGACUGCUUCAGCCAGAAUGCGAGUAUGUUUACGACCUGCGGCUCGACCCCAGCGUUAUACCGAAACCAUGCGAUUCCGAAGUGGAGGAUUUCCGAUUAUGGAGUGUUGACGAAGUGAAGGAAGCAAUGUCAAAUGGCGAAUUCAAGCCAAAUUGUGCCCUUGUUCUCAUAGAUUUCUUUAUCAGACAUGGUUUCCUCACGCCGGAGAACGAAAAGGACUAUCUAGAAAUUCUCGCCAGGAUACAUCGUCGUCACGAAUUCCCGACGGUCUAG